AUGAUGGAUUCUAGUGGAAAUACAACCCUGCAUAAGGCUGUGUUGAGCCAACAUCUAGAUGUGGCUAAGCUCUUGGUGAAAGAAGAUCCUGAAUUUGAAUUUCUGCCUAACCAUGUGCAGGAGACACCGCUCUAUCUAGCGGAUGAAUCUGUUUUUCAUGAUGCUUUGAUUAUCAUCUUGAAAUACUUUAAGAAACUAACUUACAUUGUAGGUCCAUCUAAUAGAACGCCUCUGCAUGUAGAAGUAAUUCAGAAACAUAAAGGAUUGGAAGACGUAGUUUCUGAUAUGCUAGGGUGGAAAAUAUCCUUAGUGUACCUUCUAGCAGGCAGUGAAAAUGACUGGACUAUAGCAAUUGACAUUUCAUCCAUUGAAGGUGAUUGUGACAGCCUUGUUGAUGAGCCAGAUAGUCAUGGCAACACUCCUCUUCAUCUGCUUGCUGCCUCUGGUAACCAUGUGCCUGAAUUAAUAAAUCAUUCUAGAGAAAAGAAGAUGUCAUUUAACAAACAAAACCAGACUCCACUUGAUAUAGCAUUGUCAUGCAAAGAGACAACAAACAAGACAGUCACUUUCACCGCUGGUAUCACAUUGUCUGGAGGUUUUGAGAGCGACUCUGAUGGCGAUCAAGGGAUGGAUAUUCUAAUAAGGAAAACAACAUUUCGUGCAUUUAUUGUUUUCGAUGCCAUUUUCUUCACAUGCUCAGCUAUUGCCAUAUUCAUCUACUUCCUCAUGGCAGAUGAAAGUAGACCACCACAUUUGGAAAUUGUAAAUAAGCUUUAUGAUCUUAUAGGUUACCACUCUAUUUUAUAG